AUGCUGCUGCUUGAGAAUGGGAAUAGCAGUGAAGACACGUCAGAAGGUAGCGAUGGACCACCUACUCCAAAGCGUGCAAGAAUUGAUGACGAAGGUCUUAUUGCAGAGGCUUCAUUAGCCUAUGCUGCAAGUGUUGGUGAGGCAGACGACGCUCCAUCAACUACAGUCAAGCGUUAA